GACUAUUUUUCUCGCGUUUCCUUCGGUGAAAGUUUUUUAAACUUUGCACGUUUGCUAAGCAUGACGAUUCGCCAAACAUAUCAAAAUUUCAAGAAAUUCUAUAAGACAGAUUUUGUGUAGUGGUUAUUCAUGAAUAUCUCAAAACCUGCCUUAUAAACAUCCCUUCAAAUUUUAAUAUGUCAUUCCCCUUUCAACCAUAAAUCUUAAAAAAAAAAUUCAGAAAAAUUGACCGAAGGAAAAAAAAGAUAAUGCCGUUUGAUUGUAAAAUUAGACAAUAAAAGUGCAAAAGAUAAAACGUCAUGGUUGCCAUGACAACACUAACACUGUUCCUAUUUGUUCAUAUAUCGACAGCAGAAGACUUCUGAACUUUCCUGGAAAUGAUUAUAUUGCCCUGUCUUAAGUGUUUUCAAUAUAAAUUUGGUUCAAAACGAAGGCUACCUAAAAUACUUAAAAUUUUAGAAAACUGUAGGGAGCCACCUUAAUUGGAUAUAUACCACAUGUUUUGAAGCCAGAUAUUAAAUUGUCAUUAUUAAGUGAUUCGACCAAUUCUUUUAACAGCUUUGGGAAUUCAUCUUUUGGAAGAGAAGUUGAACUUGGAUUUCUCAUUUUCCAUGACUUUAAUAUCGCUCGCCAGUUUCUCUUAAGUGGACCAUAAUAUGCCACAUCAAGCGGUUGUGACAAAUGCGUACUAUUGGGAACUAAACACACAAAUGAGAUGUUGUGUUCUUCACACAAGCUGACUAGAAAGGUUAUCACCAAUAAUAACUUUUUGACCAGCCUUUUUACGGGCCCAUGGCAAAACAAUUGUUCUAAACCAAUCUGUAAAGCUGACAAUAUCAAACCAGCCGCUUUUGGAAUGAUUAUAGCGUGCCUCUUUGGGAGCACCAACUGUCCAUGUGUUCCACAUAUUUAUCGCCUUGUACACCACACACACAGGUAAAAGCUCACCACAAGCAGUUCCAGAAAACAUAAUACUUGUACUUCCCUUUGUGGAAUUCAUAAUCUGUUCCGGAUAUUUUUUACCUCGUUUGAAAAUCAGUCUUUCUUGGCCUGGGUCAUUCAGUCAUUCAGUUGGUCUCAUCAUAGUUCAAAAUAUUUUCAGAGGGAACACCAUCCAGGACAUCUUUCAAAUUAUCAAAGUACUUCACAAAUUCCUCUCUACUCAUCUCUGCAUGUGUUGUUUUGAUGUUUUGACAUAACCGUGAUCGUAUAUCUUUUGCAUGGCACUUAAUGAAACUCUUUGCCCAUUCAUCACCUGGCAGAUUUUCCUUGAACCGUUUGACAGUCCUAUUGCAUUUGUCCAAAUAAGAUUUGACUAAUAAACGUAAAUCUAACCUUGAAAAGGGAAAUCCCCAAUCACCAACAACGAUUAGGUGCUUUACAAUUAUGUUUUCUUCUUCUGUUGUGAGGCAUAAUUGGCCACCAGGAGUCUUCAUUUCCAUUUUUCUACAUUUUCGAUGCAAAGUAGAUUUUGGAAUGUUGUACUCAUUUGCUUGCUGCACCACGAACUGUCAUACCAUUUUUUACAGCUUCAACAGCAUUUUGAAGUGAAAAUUUCGAAAAAUCCCCAUAGUGCCUUUUUUUGAGCCUAUAACUCUUUUAUAUUUCCUCAUCAAAGCAAGACGAUUUAAAGAUGGAAAAAAUGUUGCUUGAAAUUCAAAUUUUUCAACCGUCGCGUGGUUUCAAAUGUUGCAAUAACAUGUCCUAAUUUGUCCCAAUUCACCCCCAAAAUACCCUCAUUCAGAUAAAACUAAUAUAACAUGAAGUUUAUGAUCGCUAAACAUGCUCAUUCUUGUCGCUGACCAACUGACUGUGGGAAUUUUCAAAAUUAAUUGGAAAUUUUAGAAAAUGUAAGAUUUGUAAAAUGUAAUCAGGUAAAUUUUUAAAGAAAAUACAAAAUGUAACAAAUUUAAAAUUGAGGAAUAAUUGGUUUUUUGGCAAAGUAAAGUUGUAAACUUUAAAGUAGCUGUUUAUAUUGUAAUUACUUGUACUCAUUAUUUAUUCCCCAAUUUUUUUUUAAAGUCAUGCUUAUUUAAAGAGCAAUCUCAAGGAUAAUAUAAUUCACUAAAUUUCUGUCCCAAUUCAAACCAGUGUCCCAAUUCACCCCUUUCUAUGGUACCCAUUUUAUUCUUGUUUUUACUGUAAAUAGUACAUAUGUAGUAUUCUGUGAUUCAUGUAGCCAAUUGUAAAUUACCUAAGUCAGUAGUGAGAUUUACAAUUGUAUAUAUACAUAAAAAAUUCAAAUAAGGUUUUCAUCUUUUUCUUCUUCUUUUUCUUCUUCUUCUUCUUCAUUGACAUUCCCAAAUGGGUUUUUCAAUGACAAUUUAAGAGGUAUAAAUGUAAGAAAAUUUCUACACACUACUUAAGAAUUUCUCUAAUCUAAAAUCUAUCUAAUAUAAAAUUCUGAGAACAAACUGUAUCUUUGUGUGGUUUAAUUAAAACAUGAAAAAGUUCACUAUCAAUGUUUCUUCACUAGGUCAGUCUUGAGUUCUACUUUAAAACUGUUUAGAUUAGUUAUUAAUUUUGUCUCUUUAUCAAGUUCCUUCCAUAAUUUUAUAUAUCUAUACUUGAAAGUUCUUUGUCCAGUACACUCAGGUUUUAAAAGAUUAUGAUUCACAUCUUUGUAAUAACUGUUAAUACUAUCUGGCAAAUUUAAUAAAUUAUUAAAAUUACAAGUCCGAAACUUUGGGAUAUCUAAAUCUUCAUUAUUUCUUGUAUUACAAUCCUGAACUUGGUCCCUUUUGUUUGAAUUUAACACAGAGAUAUGAAUGAGCUUGGUCAUUUAUACAUUUAAACAUUAAUAGUACAUAUAUUGGUAGCCAUCCAAGUGCACUUAUUGUUGCAGAUAUAUGAUCACAUUCUGUACACCCGAUAUUAUGCUGGCACCAUAAUUUUGAAUUAACUGAAUUUUGUCAAUAUUACCUUCUGAUGUAUUAGAGCAUAUGGAUGAACAGUAAUUGAUUUUACUCAUUACCAAUGCAUCUAUAGUCAUAGCGAGGGUCUUCUUGUCAAAUAAACAUUUCACCCUGUUGAUUUGGCCUAAUUUAGAAAUACAAGAAGACAAUAAGGCCUGAAUAUGUUUAUUGUACGAUAAGAGAGAAUUGAGUAACAUACCAAGAUCUUCCACUUCCGUUAUCGGUGUAAGAUUUUUGCUUAUGAAGUUUAUCUUAGUUGGAGUCUGUAUCUGUUGCAUCAUUUAUCAUGAUCCAAUUAUCAGCAUUUUGGGUUUUUUCCAGAUUUAUCAGAAGACUAUGGUUACAACACCAUUGAAAUAUCAUUUGUAUGUCUUCUUCUAUGGCGUCAAGGGAACAGUUUAUGCUUGAUACAGAAGUUAUGAAAGUUUUCGAGUCAUCCACAAAUGAUUCUAGAUUACAUGAUUUAGUGGUUAAUGGCAGGCUGUCAGUAUAAAUAUAAAAAGAAAUGGCAAAAGCACUGACCCUUGAAGGAUUCCAUGUUCUAAGGCAGCACACGUCAUGUUGCAGUACCCAUACAAACAUAUUGUGAUCUAUUAAACAAGUAGUUUUUGAAACAAUUGAGGACUUCUGAUGUUACUCCUCCUAAGUCCAUUAUUUUUUUAACAAGAUAUCAUGUUGAACACUAUCAAAAGCUUUUGAUAGGUCCAAAAAUAUAAUAAUCAAUGGUUGCUUGAGACCUUGAACUAUGAGCUUCAAAGCUAUAAUAUUUAGAAUCUCAUUUUCUCAAAGGUCGUAAUCUUUCUCCAGUAUGGCCUUCAUUUCAAUGCCACACAAUUCAAUGAUAUGUCCCUGAAAUUUGUGUGUGCGACUAACUUCUGCAAUAAGGCCAGCACGAACCACAUCAAAAUCGAAGCUUGUACAAGAUUUUCUUUUUCUGUUCUGUGACAUUUUGAAAUACAGCACUGGAAUCGAUGGUAGACAAUUUAACAGGCAGAGUAUGUGAGAACCGAUCAGUGGUGAGAACCCAAUAAAUCAAUAUGUUUCAAUCAGUGCACGCUUAUUUAACUGUGAUCACAGUUCAUAAUCUGUCAUUAAUUUCCGGUGUCAAAUUGUUUUCUUUUUUAAGUUGAUAUAAUUAAACAAAACAAUGGUCGCAUUUUGCAUCAUAAAAGUUUUAAACCAUACUAUGGCUUUUUAAAACUAUACUGUAGGCUUUAGUGAAAGAGUUGUAAAUAUUUAUCAAAGCGAAACUCAAUGAAUGAAAUCUUAGAUGUCACUAUUGAGUAUGCUCAAGCAUAAUGCCAUUGUCGUUGUUGUAAUGCUAUUGUCACUAUUCACAAGCGUCUAUAGUCAUGUCUAUAAUAUUGAUUCAAUGCUAAAGACUAGACGUAUUUCUGAAACAAUGCAUGACACAAUGAUAAAAGUCGAUGGAAGGAUCAAAGGCUACACACAGUAGGGUAAACUUAAAAGACAAUGAUUGAUAGAACUGUGCUCUGCGUGUUGGUAAAAAAACGUCCGCUUAUUUUGGGCAACAUAUGUGAAUGCUUUAUACCACAUCACCACUUCAACACACCACCAAUUCAAUCAGGAAAAAUAAAACCUGGAAAUGGCCCUAGUUUUGAAAAGGGGAUUUGCAAGAGUUACUAUGAGCAACAAGAAGAAUUUGCUGAUCAACUUUGCUCUGGAUCUACACUCUACAGAAAUGUUGCAAUCUGUUACACAACGACGUUGAUCAAUCUACCAGUCAUACUCUGCUCAGAACACACAAAAACAAGGCAUUCUCAAGAAUUUACCAGAUCUCUGGAACUCACUAACUGUUAUAGACUCUGUGUAACAUCUUUCAAUUACCGAAGUUAACUGCAGAUUUGUUUGCAAAUGUCAUGAGGAUGACAUAAUUGUUACUAUCCACAUCAUAUACAAGCCAAUAUGCAUAAACCACCGACGAAAAAGAGUACUGAGUGGAAACUGCAAAGUAUGUCACUUCAAGGUGGACCUAAGCCAAAAUGUAAAGGCUGCAUGAAGCAUGUUUUUAAGACUGGUGACCUAUGUGUUACUGUCAUUGGAAAGUAUUCUCCUGUGCACAAGGAUAAGGAUGGCAACCACUUUCAAGUUGAUGCAACCUAUCAUUGUUAUAAGUUGUGCUACCAAGAGAAUCCUGCUUGACCCUGACUUACAAUUAACACCAGAAGAACUGGACUCGCUGCAAAAUUUACCUAUUGUUUCUACAUGAAUUGACAAAUAUGUAUAAUAUGAUCAUGUUGUUGUUGCAGUUUGGUAAACCAUUAGUAUGCAAUGAAUGCUUGUGCGUCCUUCAUUAUCAUCAAUAAGCAAGGACAAAUCAUACACCACCCUUUAAAAACACUUUAACUUCAUGUUGCAUAGAAGUAAAGAACCAGGUAGACCCAAAUAAAUUUGCUAUUUUUAGAAUGUCGUUUUCAAUUUAUGUACUACAUACACGGCCGUUUCUCUUAACGUUUAUGCAUGCUAAUGAGUAACAACUUGCUUUCACAAAUGAACGCAUGCUUUCAUUUCAUUUCGCUUUUUAUUUCAGGAAAGAAAAAUGUUCCCAGAUUUGGCACUUCUAAUCUCUCCCGUUAGCUCUAAAUAUUAUGGUAUGUUUAAGAGGAUCAUGAAUAAAUGCCAUGCAUGUCAAAAACAGACAUUCACACAUGUAUACCCACAGAGGCUGUUUGGUUAUCCUUAAGUGGCAUGAUACUGCAUGUGGUUUGAUUCAAAUAAGGCCAUUCUAACUGGAUGUGGUUUGAUUCAAAUAAGGCCAUUCUAUGACCUCGUCAGAAAUGUCCAUCAAUUAUAAGGUCUAGUAACUCAACAGCCUCAUUUGAAUCAAAACACAUACUUAUAAAAUAUUUAAAACAUAAUGCUCAUAUAAUCCAACUAAAUCCUGUUAAGGAACAAAAAGCAAUCAUGGUAGUGAUUUGUAACUACCAAAAUUCUUGUCUUUGUACUUUCUGCCAGUUCACACCAAUCCAAAAUGUUUCUUAGAAAGGCCAAAUCGAAUUUGGAAACAGUUUAGCUUUGUUCCCAGGAACAACUUCACCGAUUGCCAAUAUCGGUUUGUUGAUGCCAGGUGCAUAGACAAUUGGUUUGCCGGGUUCCGUUCAACUCAUGAUGCCCUCUUUCACAAAAUAGUCCAGCUUGUUCUUCAUUUUCUCUCUCAGGUGGUGGGGUAUCACCCUUGGUGGUUGGCUCCGCUUCGGGUUUCAUCUGUAUGUGUGUCAAGAUCAGUUUGCCAUUGUGAGGAUCUUUUAAAUCUUCCAAUUCCUUGGAACAACUUUUUGUGGGUAGACACGAUCUUUCCCGUAUUUGUUAUUCCUAUCUUCUCUCUUUAAUCUUCCAUGGAUUUGUUGCUCUCUUUACAUUUCAGUCUGCUAACUCCCCGUCAGCACUAUACUGUACCAUUCCAAGUUCAAGCAGAGUUUUCUCAGACAGUAAUGGUGGUUAUGAAUACCAUUUUCUGUCACAUAUAUCUCUGACUAGAUUUUUCACUGUCUUGUUGGAUAGCUUAGCACCUUUCAGGACACAGAUCAUUCCAAGCUUUGCACCACCUAAGGCUUGAAUAGCUUCUUUCGGAAAAGAUAUUAACUUUUCUACAUCUGGAUGUUGUUGAUAAAUCUUUUGAAAAUCAUCUUUCGAUAUCAGAUCUACAUCCUCACAUAUCUGGAUCAAUGUCAAGUUCAACUCCACAAACUUUGACCGGUAGAAGAAUAUUGCUAGCAUCCUUUCCAGAGUUAAUUUCCUGACAUUUAAUUUGAGUCGUGCUCCUUGUAUAGGUAUGUAUAUCUUCUCGACUUUCUCAAAAGAAAGCGAGCAUGAAGUCGCGAUUUUUUAGGUAUGUAUAUCUUCUCGACUUUCUCAAUCAGAUCGGUGUAUUCAUCUGCAUCCUUUUUGUCUGUCUUAGGAGAGUUCUUGUCUAUAGACAUAAUAUCUUCACUGCUGCAAACUAAUAAACACAUUCUUUUAUCUUUAGGGUCGUUGAUCUUGAAAUAGUCCAUCUGUAGCUUGAUUUUUCUCUUCCACAAAUUCCAUGUCGAUGAGGUUUCUAGUAUGUCAGCAAAAAUUCUUCGACUUUAAGGCUUUCUUCACUGGUUUUGGAUGCAUCGUAAGGGAAAUUUGAUUGCCGCUUGUCUCGACUGAAUGCUUGAUUUUACACGCAACACCAACAGUCUUUUGUCAGUUUAUUCUUGAUAAUGUCACCUUUUUCCUACAUGGUCCUUCGUCAGUUUUACUGUAUUUUAUUCCAAGCAAUCCUCAUCACCAAUGUUAUAACUUAUAUUUUAAUUGUUCAGUCUCUUAAACAUAAAAUAAUCUAUAUAUCUAUAAUUGUUUAUGUCUAGGCUUAUAUACAGUAAUUAUAUAGUCAUUUACAUAUUCAAAUUCUAACCAACAAUAUAACUCAUGCAUACUAUCGCACAACACAGACAGAUUCUCCAUAAUCAUAGAUAUUAGGGAACUUAAGCAGCAAUGUUUUUCGUGACAACAGCAACGUGACAGCACAAGGAAACCUGGGAAUCAGUAUGCUGUUCCCCCACGAAUUUCAAAACAUUAAGCAAAAGCUAACCUAGCACCGAUGGCUGAUACUAUGUCUUCAUUUCGAGAAAUCAGAGGAGUUUGUCUUGUUCUUUUUGAGGAAGGUGUUUUGACAGAGGAACAGUUUAUUUUACUCUACUUAGCGUACGAUUCAAGAAAUCCUGAGUUCCCAUACAGCAAUUAUUCGCCUUUUUGCCUUUACAAAAUGAACGAAGCCGAAUAUUUGGCAGAAUUUCGGGUACAAAAGCACGACCUCAUUUUUCUCCAGCAAGUCCUUCAAAUUCCCGAUAUAAUUAAGUGCCCACAAAGAACAAUCUGUUCUGGACUCGAAGGACUGUGCAUUCUCUUAAAUCGUCUUGCGUACCCAUGUCGAUACUCUGAUAUGAUCCAAAUCUUUGGUCGAUCUGUUCCUGAAUUGUGCAUGAUAUCAAAUCUGGUUACUGAUUUAAUAUACGAUAAUCAAGGGCAUAGAGUAAUUCAAUGGAACCCGUACGUUCUAAGCCCCAAAAACCUUAAGAUUUAUGCAGAGGCUGUUCACGAAAAGGGAGCCCCACUCGAAAACUGUUUUGGCUUCAUAGACGGAACCGUCAGACCGAUUUGUCGACCUGAACAACAUCAGCAAGUGGUUUAUAAUGGCCACAAAAGAGUUCACUCAUUAAAGUUUCAGUGUGUUGCAUUACCAAACGGGAUUAUCGCUCAUAUAUUUGGCCCUGUUGGUAAGUUCUUAAACGUUGUUACACAGCAAAAACUUUUUAGCUAAAUUUAUGCAGCUAUCUCUAAUCUGGAUAUUUUGAAUGUUACAGAAGGAAAAAACAUUAUGCAGGGUAUGCUCGCCGAUUCAAAUUUCUUACACCAGCUAGAAGAGAACGCCUUCUCCCCUGAUGGCAACCCGAUGUGUGUUUAUGGCGAUCCCGCUUACCCGCAUAGAGUCCAUCUACAAGCUCCGUUUCAUAAUGGCGAGAUCACAGAAAGAAUGGAGGAAUUUAACACACAAAUGAGUGCAGUGAGAGUUUCUGUCGAGUGGUUGUUUGGAGAUGUGAUAAACACAUUUCGUUUUAUGGAUUUUAAGAAAAAUGUAAAAAUAGGCAUGAGUAGUGUGGGAAAAGCUUACAUUGUUUGUGCGUUGUUGAGAAAUGCACUCACAUGCCUGUAAAAAAAUAACACAUCAGAGUUUUUUAAUGUAAGUCCUCCAAGUUUUGAAAGAUAUUUUGGGCAGCAUGAGUGAACAGUUAUAUACUAUAAGUCAUGAGGCAUAGGCAAAUGAUUAAAUAUAUAUUUUAUAGCCCAAUAGAUAAGUAAACUGCCAAUCCAUAUAUAGGUAAACAUACAUGUAUAAAAUUGCAUUAAUUGAAAUGUACAGUAGGCCUAUACACUGGUUGUGAAAGCAUGCAAAGGCUGUUCACAUGAGUCUGACGUUUGAAACUUACUUAAAAUAAAGUGGCAGACAUUGCCAGAGAAUAUAGUUGCUUCAGGUUUGGGUAAAAGCUUGUCUUAAAGUAUAUUCAAAUCUUCUCUUAAUCUAAUCUCUUAAGGAAAUAUUUUCAUGACGGUCAGUGCAAUUAGCAGGGUCAUAUAAACAGCCCUAAAUAUGAUUGUUCUUAAUAAUAAACGAUUAAAGCAACUCAACAAUAUAAAUAUUUUAGUGUAUAACGUUUAUAAAAAGUCUGCGAACACAGUACAUAGCCGGUGAACAGAAUCUCCUUAUUUCUCUGUAAACUUUUGCAUUGUAGCCAAAAAUGCCAUUGACAUUUGUUGUUGUUGCUGAAGCAGCAGAGCUUGGUUUUCCAUCAUUUUUUUGUUUUGUUCUUGCAUCAUUUGGAUCAUUUCUAGUUGUUGUGCUGCUACUUGUGAAGCUGUUUGCUUUUGGAUUUCCUGCUCGUUCUUUUUUAUCGCUAGUUCUUCUCGACAAAGUUCGCUGUCUGUACCCGAUCUUUGUUUUAGGUACUCAACAAGUUCACUGGUUCCUCUACGUGUUUUUUCUGGUUUAGAAUCCCCAUCAAACUCACAAGACGUGUGUUUCUUCGUUUCACCCAGACACUCUAAAGCCUUCAUUCUGAUGUCUUCCGCAUUUAUUUUUUCUUUUUGUUUACGAACCGAGUCAACAUCAACAAAGCUUUCUUCUUUAUCACACAAUUCUUCGAUUAAACUCUCUCUGUAAGGUCAUCUACAUCAAUGCCAUUUGCAGCUUCCUCUUCCCUGGUUUUCUUUUUGUAUUUAGUCUUUAACAGGGUCCAUCUGUCACAUACACUUCUUUUGUCUUUCAAUCCAAAGACAGGAGUUUCGAUUAGGUUUAAAUUUUCAACUAUGCAAUCCCAGACUAAGCCUCUAUUAGGACUCCCCACUUUUUCUUAUAGAGAAAAAGAUGCUAAUCAUCAUUUCUCUCAUCAACAACAAGUUUUGGUUUCGUAUUUGUAACUUGCCAUUUGUUGCCAUUUUUGGCCGACUUUGGACGUUCUAAGCAACUUGUUUGAACCGCGUUUUAGACACGACGGCAAAACAGCUCAUUUCACGUUGGCGCUGAGUCGCGACAGCAAAACAUAAAUUCAGAACACAUUCGCCGGAAGUGAAAUCGACAUCCGGUCGCCGCAUCAAAAAACAUCAGUGCUUAAGUUCCCUAUUAGAGCAGAGGAAACAGCAAAAUCUGUUCCUUAAUUUCUUACAUGUAAUGCCAUGUAGUUACUACACAUAUGCACCUGGCUAGCCAAACAUAAGAUAUGAACAGCUGGCAUCUCACACUGCAUAGAUAUUGUCCGGAAUUUUCGCUUGUUAUCCGACAAUAACUCACAAUGUUUAGAUACAACAGUUUUUAUGACUUUUACACGAAGAAUACAAAAGAAAUUUUACUAAAUAUCUCGCUUCAGUUGAUUGUUAAAAACGUAUGCUACAGUCCUACUGAACAGUGGUAACUACAUAUAUUACUUAAUGUUAAAACUUCUAAAAUGUAUGCACUUUCCAAAAAUAUUAAGAGGAAACCAAUUCUGUUCCUUAAUUUCCUACAUGUAAUACCAUGUAGAUACUACACAUAUGCACCUGGCUAGCCAAACAUAAGAUAUAUGAACAGCUGGCAUCUCACACUCCAUAGAUAUUAGCAACCUUUAGCAAAAAAGACGGCGGCUCCAGAGAUGGCUUUCAUCACACGUAGGGGCUUGGGUAGAGAAAUGUGCGCAUGUGCAAACUGAUUUGCAUUGCUGUCCUUUCUUGUCGACAAAGUGAAUCGCUUGUAUUUGCCGUUGUUUUCAGAAUGUGAUGUCUUUGCCACUUGAAAACAAAGAUAUUAACGCGAAACCGAAAGGAAAGCGAACAUAAGUGUUUGUGAAACAUAUUUAACUAGUCAUUUGCUAUGGCAUUCACAUUAUAUCAAUAAAAAUAGUGCUGCAAGUCAUCUAAUUUUUGUUGUGUUUAUUAUUAUAUGGCAAGUCUCCAUUUCAUUGGACAGGCGAGCACAAUAUUUUGCUGUUCAGUGAAAUUCAACUAAUAGAACCUUACCAAUACAAACCAGGAUGUGAGAGAGUGGCAAUGCAUGAGAUGAAAUCGCCAACAACUUGAAUUUAAUCGAAAAGCCAAAGUCCAACAUUAGCAAGAGGUCAGUUUGUGAUAGAUAAAAUAUACUGAGAGCAAAUUACUUGGAGAAAAUAAAAAAUGCCAGAAGAAAAGAGCUCUGGCAUAGACGUGGAAGACAGCAAGCUAGACCAGUUGCUGGAUGAAAUUUGUGCCUGGGCAAAAGAGUAUGAAUUGCAUAUUAACACAGAAAAUGCGACAGAUUUGGCUCGCAAAAACGAUGAGCUGCUCAAAGGAGACAAAAUGAGACGUCAGUCGAUGGAGACCAAAGCUGAAACUGCUGAAAGAAAAGCAGAUCAGGAAACUGUACCCGUAAAGAAGACCAGACAGGGCAGAACUCAAACUGUGGUUUAUCUUAGAGAAAAAAAAUGGAAAAAGAUACUGAAAUACGAAAAGAACAAUUGGAAUUGAGGCAGGCUGAACUUGAGGCAGAAAAGCUUAAUCGACAAGUCAUGGAACAACAGCAAAUGAGAGUGGCUGAACAGCAAACAGAUGUCUUAAAAUCAUUCCAGUUGCAAUUAGAAAGGCAACGUCAACCAAAGCAAAGUCAACGGCAGGUUGCACCAGAUGAUCAUCCAAGCACAAUAGCAACAAACGGCUACAAUGAUGGCCUUACUCAAGAAAAUGAACAAAAAUUAACAAGUAUGGUUGCCUUGUUUAAUAUGCACAUGUCAAUUGUAACUCCCUCCCCCCAACCUCAAGGAAAGGUGGGGACAUAGAUUUUAAUAUAUCCAUACAUAACUAUUGCCCGACCCCCUUAGGCAGGCUGACCUGACUAAUUUUGUCUAAUCUCCCAGCCCAUGGGGGCAAAAUUUUAAAACAUUGCAAAAAUGUUAUUAAACAAUUGAUUUAUUUUUUUAAAAUAAUAAAUCAGUGAUAACUAAAGGUAUGUACACACACAGGACAGAGCCACUAUCCUUCAGGAACAGUUUCUGUAGUUGAUACAACUUCAUACAAACAAAAAAUGGAACUCACCUGACUUGUAAUAUUUAGCUUAGACAAUCCAGAUAAAAUUGACUUUAACUUAAAACACAUGUUUAGAUCAGGCUCAACAGGACAAUCCUAGUCUGCGACCAGGCUUUAUACAUUCCCCAGCAUGCACACAUACCAGGUUUGAGGAUCCAUAAUGUUCAGGAAAAUGCCCCACCUAGUCAGGUGUAACUAAAAGUCCAAAGAGGGAGAGGGAAAACGUCCCACCUUUCCCCAAGGGUGGGGUAACAAUUGACAAGUGCAUUAGGCCUAAUUGACUUGUUUACAAAAGACACAAGCUAAUGAAGCUAUGCAUAGUUUUGUCUAUUAUCAUAUUUAAUUAGUUGAGUUAUAUUAUGAUUCAAAAAUCAUAGAGUAUUCUUAAUGUUUAAGUUUAUUACAUUUACAUUGUUAUGACCUGUAGUCCAUAGGUGUAGACCCAGCCUAGUCCCAGUCGUUCUAAAGUAAGCGGGAGAUGUAGUACGAGACUAGGACCUAGGUGUGACGUCACCGCUAAAGGUGCAUCAGAACGCCUAGCAGAUUUCAGUUUUUUAAUAUGGCGGAAAAUUUAUAUAUACAAAUAACCUUAUAAAUACGACAAUGUUCGUUGAUCAUGUUGGAUGUCUACAUAACCAAAUUCAAAGUGUAUUAAAAAUGUGCUCAGUUAAAAUUUAUAUACAAAUUUACGAUACUGAGUCUGAGCAAUGGUCGUAUAAUCGUUGAUGUUAUUUAUAUACUCGAAAGUUGUGAUCAACACUAGUCACUAGACCAUACUGGUAUACACAACUACGCUUUCUACUUGACAGGUUUAUGUAGCUGAGGAGAUUGGAAACAUUUACCUGACAUGACUGUGUUAUCAAAACAUUUUUAGUCGGAGACCCGGCAUAAUUUUCAAGCUUCUAGAUAGCAUUUAAUAUGGCUUUAUAUUUUAGUAAACACAAGUCAUAUUUAGCCGGCCAGUUAUUCCAUUCGAACUGUAUGGUAGCGAAACGUAGCCUAUUUCAUUGUUCCGACAGCAUUAGAGUAAAACCAAUAACUUAAUUACAAACGCAAAGGAAAUUUCCAUAACAUUUUCUAUUUACAAAUGUGGUAUGCUUGGUAACCAGGCCAGGGACCACUUUUUUUAAAUCAGGGACCAUUUUAACGAAAUCUGCUAGGCUCUCUCGCUGAAGCGUUCCGCACAGCACACCCAGGCAUAAAACUUUUAAGACUUAUUUAAAUAUAUCAAAGCAGCGAAUAGAGAGAGAGCCUGGGACUAGGCUGGUGUAGACCAUAGUGGAAUUGAUGUAUAGUAUGCAUUUAGACCAUGUUUUCCUACUUUUUGAAGGUUGUUGCAUGUGUGCAAACUCUAUGGAAAUCCCAAAUCUACACUUAGGGAAUAAAUUACAUCCUCAGCUGCUGUAUUUACAUUAGAAGCCGCCCCAACAUUACCCCAAUUUAACCACCCUGGAGUUCAUGUCUUCACCAUUCCUAAUAGGUUAGAUAUAUUUGGGUAACAUAGUGAAACUCAGUUUGACAUUUUCCCACUACGGUCUUGCAACAGGUGUUUAAAAGAUUGAAAAAUAUAUAAUUCAUAUAAUUAACAAAUAAAAUAUCAGCCGUUUUUAUGCUGUAAUCUUUGUUGUUAAUCUAUUUGAAAAAUGAGUUUUCUUGUUAGAAGAUAUAUUAUAAAAAAAUUAAAAACAUUAAUUUAUAAUUAAGUGCACAGCUUAUGUACAUUUUGCUCACAGAACUCAGUCCACCGUUAAGAUUUUUCUUGAAGUCAGUUUAACUGAUUCUUUGUGGUUAUACUUUACCUGUUGACAUUUUUCAACAUGUAGUGAACAUCACCUUGGAUGAUAUACGCUUAUGUGGAAAAUCAAUAUUUUCACACGAUGUUAUCAACAUAGGUAUGUGUUUGUCAAAUCAUUGAGGUUCUGCUCUCUCCAAAGUAGAUGGUGCUUCAUUAACAGCUCCAGGAUAAGAGCACUACCCUGUACUGUACAUUUCCUUCUCCAUGGUAAGACAUUUAAUAGAAAAUAUAAAUUUUGCCAAAUUUUGGGAGCAUAGAUUUUGUAGAUCCCCCCCAAAAGUUUUCCCACCCCACAGAGAAAAUUGCAACCCCCCCCCCAAAAAAAAAAUUACAUGCUUGUUGUGAUAAAUGAUAGUAGUGUGAUUGAAAUGUAGAUUUUGAACUAAGUAAGACCAAACAUAAGGAUGAUUUUGAACUAAAUAAAACCAAAUGUACCCAGAUCCCUGCUACAGCUUUGAUCAGCAGCACUAUGCACCUCAUCGCUCACCUCCCCCUUAAAUAUUCAGCACCCCCCCCCCCAAAAAAAAACCCAUCUAUGCCUUGUGUAUUAGAAAGAUUUUCGAAUGGUCACAAAAAUUAAUGGCAUUGAAUUAGAUGUACACUUUUUUAUAUAUUUUAUUUGUGGAAUAAUGCAUGUUGAUUACUUACAUGUAAUGAUGUGUACACUGUAUUGUAUGUCUUAUCUCGUGAAGGAACUAUAUAUCAGAUCUCAAUGUUCUGUAUGAAGUCAAAAUCGUGGGAAUUUCUUGGCUACAUGAAAUUAUUCAUACAGCAAGAAAUGCUUGGUGAAGGAGGGAUGAGAAUUGCUAAGAAGGCAGAAAUAUUGGAAGGGUGUAAUCAUCGUUUUCUCCAAAAAUUCACAGUUGGCUCAUUUGUUGUGGUCAAGCAAUAGGGAAAAAAUGUUGAGAAAGCUGCUAGUGAAUCAAAAUGGACACUUGCAGUACAUGUCCAUUGCAAAAAGGGUAAAUUUGAUAAGUUUAUUAAAAAUAUUCAGUGCCAUUGUAUGUAGUCACUGAUCAACAAUUAUCUUGUGAAUGAAUUGAUUUUCCUUUGUAAACAUCCGGAUCACAACGACAAAGAAUUUAUAUUGCACUGGGUCAUAAGUUCAACUAGUAUAGUGAGUUAGAUUGCUCAACUCAUUAAGCUGCAACACUUUCUCCUUGAUGAGUAAGAUCGCCUGGCAUUAGACAUAGUAUAUGUGUUUGAGUGCAUUGCCACUUAAAACCUGGUUUCAAUAUGACACUGACAGUCGGCGAGUUAAAUUGACAUUGUUGGUGUUCACCAGUGGCAUAACGGAGCAAGAGGGGUCCCUUGGGCAUAUUUGGUGUGGGGGCCACAGUUGCAUGACUGUUGUCAUUGUUUGACUGAGAUAUAUUUAUAUUGAAUAUUAUUGAAUGCUCUGGUAUCAUGUUUAUGGGCCAUGUUCAGAUCAUGUGCAUGCAGCUGCUCACAAUAAUUAUAUAGAGAAUAAUACAUGGGUGUGCGGAAAUACCAGAUUUAUUUCGAGUGUUGAACAUGAUAUCUCACUCGUUCACUGUGCUCACUCGUGUGAUAUCAUGUUCAACACAAGAAAUAAAUCUGGUAUUUCCAAGCACUCGUGUAUUUUUCUGUUUAUUAUAUAAAGGACAGUCUUUGAAAUAUGAUAAUUUUUACAAAAAAGCAAUAAUUGAAAAGCGAUAAUUUUCACAUGUGAGAUUAUCAUAAGUAAUCUCACAUGUGAGAUUAUCGCUUUUAUCAGUGCUCGAAAUUUCUAUAAAGCACUAUGCUUUAUAUAAUAAAUAUAAUUAUUAGAUGCACCCAACUUUUCUUGUAUACACGCCCACUACGCUCAGUUAUAUUUAUACUCCUCAGUCUGUGUGCACGGUAUAUAGAGAGAUGGAUAAUUCAAAAGUAAAAAAUAUCCUGCGUCGUGGCAAGGUUCAACAUCGAAACAGGGUUUGUCAUCAAAAGAUAACUCUGUUAUUGCAUAUAUACACCAGGUGUCGUCUUCGAAGAGAAACAGGAAAAAAUACAAUGGAUUAUUCAACAUUAACACUACAAACUGAAAGUGGUCAUACAGAACCAGCUUUACUUUUCUCGAAGCACAAGCGAAAACUGUUAGUGGAUCAUGAACUGUCUCGUAGUCCUGUCAAACUUUAAAGAUUAAUGAAAACAGCAGAUGGCGAGAAGUUUAUAAUAAACGAUAUGACUAACAUUUCAGACCCUCGUCCUGACAAGUACUCGUUCCAAUUUGAAGAGCUGCCAUUAGCUUCUCACCCACUUGCUUCUAGAUAUAGCAAAGUGACAUGCAAUCGAGAUAGCAAAGUGACAUGCAAUCCUGAGUCUGCAAUCCUUUUGCCCUGCAAACUUGUGCCCAGGCUCCCAAAUCGCACAUAACUCUCGCAGGGUUGCUUGGGUUGUAACACAACACUACACACAUAACACAUGUACAUGCUUUUUGACUUCAGAGUAAAUUUUUAUCCACAGUUUUGAAAAAUAUUUUCCUUCUAAAAACAUGAAGUACUCUUUGAAUUUGUGAGUGAAACAUUGGUUGAGAUUGGGGAAAUGCAAUGGAUAAUAUGAAAAGAUCUGAAAAAAUUUGAAAAUUAUUCCUGGGACUGGCAGGAAGCGAUGGUGGCAUGGCCAAAUGAUUUAACAAAGAUUCAUAAGAAAAUUGUGAAGAAUAGCAUUGUUACUGCAUCUUUAAUAUAUGCACAUAAUUAUAUGUAUAUUCACUAGGUAUUCACUAGUGUGGAACGAAAAUGCCCACAUAUAAAGUGGCCAUGUAGAACCUAAAGUUGUUGUUGAACUUAUAAACGUUAAAACGUCAAAGUAGAACGCUAAAAGUUAAAUAUAAAACGUUGAAUUAGUUUAGGACCAUACAACUUUUUUGGAUCGUUUUAUGUAUGAAAUGGAAACAACAAGCGAGUAAAAAGCGUUGACUAAUGAUUAUCAUAUAUUAUUUAAAAUCCUGCGAGUGAAUGGAUAACCGCACUUACAAGCAUCGAUCCACAAACAUUCCCAACAACAAUUUCGGUGGCUAAAGUGAUACAGUUUAGUGGCAAAAUAUUUAUUUGUUUUCAUAACAAUGAAUUAAACCUGAAAAAAUAAAAAAAGUGAAGCAACAUGUGGUGUGCUGAUGGUCAACAGUUUCUAGUGAGUUUUCUCUUAAAAUUGCUUUGAAAUGAGAAAUCCUGUUGUUUACCAUAUCUAUAUGUAAUAAUUUAUGUGUUAAAUGCUAUAAAAAGUGAGCCCUGCUAUUGCUUAAUUGGCAAUCCAAAAACUUGAAAUCUCUUGAAAUCAUGACUUAAUAUAAAUUGAUAGCCAAUAAUAACUACAGUAUAUUAAAUAUAUUGUAUAAUUGACUCUGUUGUUGACACAUAUAUGUGUAAUGCUUAAUAUAUGUUCUCUUCAUUUAAAAUACCCAACAUUGUGAUUGUUCACAUAAUUAAGGGUGAACUACCAUGUCCAGUGGCAGACACUUCAUGAAAAUUAUAUUUGGGAUUGUGAGAUUUUCAACAUGUAUGCCAAAGGGGUCCCAGGGUCUGGUUUAGGCACUAAAUAUGCAAAUCUUUUAGAACAUGGUUCACUUGAUUAUUUUAAACAUUUUGUCAGCCACUGAUCAUGUUCACCGAGUCAAUUUUAAAUCACAUUAAAGUGUGGUACCCAUGGUGUUAUUUGAAAAAUAUAGGAUUUUCACAUCAAAUUUCACUCCAAUGAAAUCUGUAUAUUUUUACAGAUGAUUAUGAAACCAUAUGUGCACAAAGAACAAGGUAUUGUGAAACUGGCUCAAUAAAGACUCCUAGUCAUGGCAGCAGUGCUUCCAUUUGCAAAACGAAAUUUUGGUACUUGCAGGGAAAAACGCAAGGAAUUAAAAUUGACAAGGAAAUAGCAAGGAAAUCUAGCCUUAAGUAAGGAAAUUGAAAGAAAUUUUAAGAUUCUUCAAAUUGUUAGCUUUAAUCUUAAAAAUAAACAACAAACAAUGUAAUUUUCCCACCGGAUUACUGGAAAAGUGCUUUCAAAUCUAUGUUUUGAACUUUAAUUUGUCUUAACUACGAUUUUAUGUUGUUUUCUAACCUAGUCGCUUUCUAUUUAAUUCCAAAUACUGACCUCGCUUCCGGCGGAAGCGAAAUGCAAGGAUUCCAGGAACUAGGAUAGUUGUUUAAUUGUUUUCAUUGUUUUGCAUAAAUAUUAAAAUAUUUAAGACUAAAUGCAAAAGAGAAAUAAUUAUGGAUGAGUUUUUUAAUUCUGGCUUAACUGAUGAUGAAUUAUCAACUUCGUCAGAAGAUGAACAGGAGUGUACGACUCAGAUUGCAACCACUAGUAGCGGUUUGUCUUGUUUCAAAAAACAAAAAUGUCCAAAGCAAGUUCAGAGUUUUGUAGAUAGCUGGCUGACUGAUAAACAAUUUAAAAACUGGCUUACCAAAAAAGCCAGGGUUAGCACCGAUAAGAAGCCACAGCCGUUUUGCAAGACAUGCGGUAAGUUUUUGACAUGUUCGAAAACUGGUUUAAAGUGACAUGCAGUAAGUACUUCUCAUAAAAAAAAUCACGCCGCCAGCACUGCCAGUAGUAAAGCGAUUGCAAAUCUCUUUAAUCGAGCCACAACUUGAGAUGAAUCCCACUGUAUGGAAAUUAAACUAUGUUCUUUUAUUGCUGAACACAACCUUCUAAUCUCCUUAUCGGAUGAUCUUGUGGAACUUCUUCGCUCUCUUUUCCCACAUAUGCUUGCCCAUAGAGGACAAAAAUAUCAUCUCUAAAAUUCGAAGUCGAAUUAUUAAAAUCGAAGUCCAAACAUUAAAAUCGAAGUCGAAACAUUAAAAUCAAAGUCGAAAUAUUAAAACUGAAGUCGAAAUAUUAAAAUCGAAGUUGAAUUAAAAAAAAUUGAAGUCGAAAUAAAUUACCAUAUUUCGACUUGAUAAAACUAACAGACAUAAAUUAUCAUAUUUUGACUUACAAAAAUGGCACGCUUAAAUUUAAAUAAUUUAAAUAAAUUUAAAUAAUCAUCAUAAUCUGCGCUUUGGGCGCCAUUUUAUAUAUACUAUUACUACUAUUAAAAAAUGGCAGAGGGAAGACAAGAUUCCGGCGAUCUUCAGCGCUUAGUUCGAACAAUUGUUGCAGAUUUAAUGUCGCAGGAAGAAAAAUCACCUGCUUCUGCAACUCCUGCUCGCACAGUGACCAGAUUCGAUAGCGUCGAUCAGGAAAUAAAUAAUAGUUUUUGUAUUCCUCGUGGGGGGAAUUCACAGGAAAAUAUGCCGUCAACAUCAGGCACCAAUAUGGUUAAUAAUUCUCAGGCAAGUACUAGUAUUGUCAUGAACUUUAAUUCGCGGCAAAACGAUGGUAGAUGUCCACCACAGAGAAAGCGUCAAGGCGCGAGGCAACCUUCCACACAACCAAGGAAGCGUAUUAACCAAAUGCAGGCAAGCGAAUCGAAUGUAAAAUACAUUAAAGACGUGUGCCUAUUGCCAGGCCCCACGUGGGCAACUGUGCCAAGGAGGGAGAAAAAGGUAUUUUUACAAACGAACAAUUUCGUGGUUGAUGCAUUCCUGAUCGAUAAAAGGUGGAAUUUAGAAGAACUGAAGACACAAUUUUCCCAGUUAUUCUCGGCAGUGUUGCUGAAUGAGAACGUUUCAGAAUUAAUUGGGUAUGUCUAGAAUUCAAAUGAUAAUGUAACCUGGCCUGAACUUCAGGUUAAUGAUAAUGACAAUGUUAUUUUUUCUCUGCUAGUUAUAUUAAAUUUUGUACUCAAUUCCACCACUUCAUUGGCUUUGUAUGAAUUUCAUUUGAAGUUUCUCAAAUGCCAAAAUGGUUUUGGCAUGUAUAUAUUUACAUAAUGCUUGGAUAAUAUGUACUGUAAUGCACCUAUCAAUCAGUGGCCGCCAGCUCGAUAAUUGGCGGGGGGGGGAUAUUCAUAUCUUCGUGUUCUGUAUUAUUAACUUCCUUUGAAAUCGAUUGUUUUUAUGGUCUGUGAACACAAAUAUAUGAAUAUUCGCCCCCCCCCCAAAUUAUCGAGCUGGUGGCACCACUGCUAUCAAUGUAAAGUCUGAUGGAGGAGGGUGUUGGCCAGGUGUAGGGUUUUGACAAAAAAUUGAAACUGAGUAAAAUACUCAUGGGUAAGGAAAUGAUUAUCAAAUACCCAACAUAUACUACCAACAAUCCCACAAAACAACCAUUCUUGAAGGAGAAAUAGCCCCACAAUGACUUUGAACAUUAGUCAAUAUUCAAUUAUCACAUUGAUCAAAUGCUGACAGCCAGGAUGAGUGUAAUCUCCAUCCCCACACACACACACACACCCUAGCCUGGAAUUUACAUUAAUAUGAUAGAUUGCCUGAUAUGAUGUCAUUUCUGUAAUGACAUCAUAUGACAGCAAAUAUGGGAGAAUGAAUCGAAGAUGAUGAUUAUACUUCCUAGGUCUACAAUCAGUAACAAAAUACGAGAACCGGUUAGGCUUCAGAUUGCAACACAAUGCUACCCCCCCCCCCCCGCCUUUUUAAUGUUGCUAGUCUCCAAUUGACGUUUUAUUUCAUGUACUUUUGUGUUGUAUUGCAUAACUCUCCCAGAACACACAGUGACAUUGAAAUAGAGGAGGGAAGUUUUACAUUUUAUUUUGCAAUUUUUACAAAAAUAACCUUCCAGUAUAAGUGUUGCCACCUUUCAAUGUCACUGAUUGUAGAUAUAUUUUUCCUGCUCUUCAGGCCUUGUAGGAGAGUCUGGGUACUUCUAUUAACCUAUUAAUUCACAUUACAAUGUAAUGCACCCUACUAUAUUAUUUUACUCUGUCUAAUGCCAGAUUAUUUUCCCCGAGCCGACGGCGCGAAGCGCCAUGCAAGGGUACUAAUUCCGCCCGGCUAUUUACACCCGGGGAAAAGAACGCACUUCACACUAGCUAAGUCUAAAGUUCAGCAAAUAUCGUGGGCGCAUGGCUCACCGUUCAUGGGUGGUCAUCCUCACUGAUCUCAAAAUAUGUAGCUGACUGUCGUGAAUAGUGAACACUGAUUGGUCAAAUUGAAAUUUGCAUUAUAACGACUGCAUUGACGACAGCGAAAUAACGAACAUUUGUUAUGCAAGUUCUAUUUUUGCAAGAUUUUGUAAAUUUCAAAACCUUUCUGAGAGGGGGGCAGAGGGGCAGGGGGGGUGCAGGCCCCCAAAAAAGCCAGGUCAUCCAAAAAAUUUUUAGAUGCCCUUUUUUUUUGAAAAGUGUCCCUCAAGGCCUGCCCCCCCCCCCCCAACUUUUUGAAGCUUCCUACACCCCUGUGCACCACACAGUACUUGCACUGUAUGCAUAAUUUUUAAUUUGCUUUGUAAUAGGAAAGCUGUAAUGAUUCAUCAAGUGAUAUAGUUAAGUGGUUCAAACCAAAUAGUAUUGACAUUCAAAAUAGUGAUGAUGAAUUUUCAAGUCCACAAGCGUCAAUUUGUUCUGCUGCUGUACCUCCUUGAGAUAAUCUUCCUGUCAAUAUUCAAGAGAGAGCUAUCCAUAAUUCAUUCUCUAUUCUAGCCACCAGUACUAAUGAAGCACCUAGUACAUCAAGUAAUCAAGAGGAUAGCAUGCUUCAAGGUGCACACCCUUCUAAGUUCAGUGAAACAUUUGAAAAGCUUGAAACAAAUUUUUGUUGGAAGAGAUCCGGAAGAGUUGACUAUGGCUGCAUUAAAGAAUGAUAAUCUGCAUGAUGCUAUCAAUGAAAUACUAGAUUCAGCUCUUGAUGAAAAUGCCUCAUCUGGUAAGUUAAUUACGAUUGUAUAUUAACACAUUAAGUAGUGGCAGUGUAGCAUUGGAGAAGUUUAGAUACAACUUCUAAUACUGCUACAGCUGCUCCUCAAGUACUGUUAGUCAACUGUUGAACCUUUCUAAUAUAAGAUGUGCGACAAACCCUAGGAAUUAGGAAACGUCUUGUGCAACGUUAUUCCUAUUGUUUUUAGAAUAUGUAGAAAAAUAUUGCAAGAUAAGUUGCAAGAUCUUAAAUUUCAUAGUCUUAAAUACAUUUCAUUCAAGAUUAUUUGAUUAUUUUGUCUACAAUGUCUAUUUUUAUACUUUUAACCCAUUUAACAGCGCUCUCCCCUUGAGAAAUGAAAUUGUCAGUUAGACAGAGUUAGAUGACAAAGUAGGACGUAUUAGAGGGCAUGCAAUGCCACUUGUUCCUGAUUGGUCAACAAUUCCUGACUAAUUUUCAAUAUCUGGUAUUUGUCAGAUUGUUUUAGCUCAGCCUCAUCCACAAAUUGUGUAUUGGUUUAAAAAUGACACCUGAUAUCAGGGGCUGUGCUGUGUGUGUGUGUGUGUGGGGGGGGGGGGAUUCAGCAAUUUUUUCCCGGUCGGCAAACCAUGUUUGUUCUUCGUUGGGGAAAUAACAAUAUACUUGAUAUUGCAGAACAAUUACACUUAUAAUUACCUGUAUAAAAAGGUUUCAAUUACUAUUGUUUUAACAGAUAAUUCUUCAACUGAUGAUUUACAUCAGGAGGAUUUUCCCAUUGCAUCUGCUGAGAAUUCUAUCUUAGCUCUUAGCUCGUACCAACAACAAAUGGUAGAAACUACAACACAGGUUAUACACAUCGACAGACAGUUGCCUAAUUUUCUCAGAGAUGUCAUUAAAAUCUAUAAACGACCUGGAUUUAAUCUCAAGCCCACCGCCAGAUAUUGA